GUGCUAAGCGUCAUUUCCGGUUCAGGGCAGAGUGUGAGUGUCAAAAAAAAAGAUGGAGGACAAAAACAAUUUUGCGCAUCUAGACUCUCGCCUGGAAGAGCUCGAGAAACGCAUUUAUGGCGAAAGAGGAGGAAACAACAAUAAGCCAGUGAAGUGUGCUGAAUCACUCACAAAGAUCAGUACUGCUCUUGCAAACACCGCUAACAAGCGAGAACGGGUCAAGAUACUUCACAAGAAAAUUGAGGAUUUGCUGAAGUAUUUGGACCCUCAGUUUACUGAUUUUAUAGCUGUGCCAGAUGCAAUGAAAUUGGAGUUUAUUUUAGCAGAGGAAGAGUUUUUGCGUUCACAAGCUGCAUUACUAGAACAGGUGCACAAUCUGCAACCUCUUCUGGACAGUAACCACAUAAAGGCGGUUCCAGAGCUGACCAAUAAAGUACAGCGGCUAUCACAAAUCCACAUUCAACAGCAGGAUCAGAAUGGAGAAUUGUCCUCUGAAGUAAAAAAGCUUUUCGAAGAGUACAACAAAAUGAUGUUUCUUUUAUCCAAACAGUUCGCUCAGUGGGAUGAAUCCCUUCGAACACUGGAAGGAUCCAAGCAAGGCCGGCAGAUAGAUUAGUAUAGUAAUGAUUUGAUGUUUCAUUAAAAAAAUGUUGAGCUCCUGGUUUAUGAUUCAUAAUUAAAACAACACUGUCAUUCAUUCCUAAUCAUACUUCGUUCUAUUGAAUUUAAAAUAUGGUCGUUAUACUGUGCUAUAAAGAAAUACAUGCUAGUCUAUGUAUAGAAACUAGUUUCUCUUGUAAUAUUAGAUGCUUAAAAGAUAUAUUCCGCCUGAUCUAUCAUGAUCCCCACAUUUUCUUAAAUUGCUUAUUUGUUUUUAUUUAUUCCUCCAUUUGUUAUGAUUGUUUGUUUGAGGGUGGUAUUUUUUUGUUUUUACCAACUUCAAACAAGGUGUCUUAAUAAAAAGAACCAUAAAUAAAUCAAAAUGUCAUGCUGUGCUA